UUAAUGAUACAUGUACAUGUACCCUGUUUACUCUCACUCUCUCAAUGCAAAAUUUUCAUCUGAUUAAAUACACUGUAGGAUAGGAGUGAACUCAUUUGAUAUUGCUCUUUAAAAAGGAUCUUUCCUUAGCACUUUACAUACAGGUAAAAUGAGAUACCUGUUGCAUCAAAGCUGUGUACACAUGUAUACACACCAUGAACUCUGUGAUAGAACAACGCUGAGCAGCUACCGGUAUGUGUGCGAGUGUGUUGCCUGACUCUCUCUUUCUCUGUCUCUCUCUACCUACCUAUCUAUAAUGGAUCUGCGCAAGAGCAACGUGUGCUUAGUGGAGCAUUGAGACGAAACGCUAUAAAAGCCUGGUACCCGCCCACCAAUGCAUAUCACUCUAAUCUAGAUAGUCAGCUGUAGUGGACCUAUGCUAUAUCUCUCUUAUUAUUGACACACCAUGCAGGCAUGCAUGCACUCUACGCAGUUCAUAUCAACUAAUUGUUAUUACUACCAAUGCCUUUCAUCGGGAGCUUGUGAAUCCUAGCCUAUAUAACCUUACAGGAUAUAAACACAAUUUUGUGCGUGUAUGAGAAUAUCAGACUCUCAUAGAGUCAUAGUUUGACUCCACAUCAUGUGAUUUUGUACUAUGGUGGAAUUGAUCAAAACGUGUGAUUGGAUAAUUCAGAAGCGUGGUUGAUUGAGCAAGAAUAGUGUACGUAUGAUCAUGGACCCUAUUGACUAGCUUUACAAGACGUGUGCAUAGUUUAUCAGAUGUUGACCUACAUUGGGAGCUGUUGGAGAAGAGUCAUGAAUUGUUAACCAGUUACGUGAGAGAAUAGUGAAUCAGGUCAAGUCCGAUGGGUCAUGGUUGCAUAAUAUUUCCAGAUAAUCAGCAAUUGAAAGAUUGAAUGACCUCUGACAUCACAAUGACCAACGUCCCUGGCUAUGUGACAACUUUGAAAGAAAGUAGCUCAAGUGAACAGUGACUGAGUCCCUUCUCAUUGAAAGUGGCAGCAGGAAGACAUGGCCACUGACCAGACGUACAGGAUGCCUUACCCAAGGUCACACGUUGGCCAUCAGAUGUACGAUGUCCGAACCCAGGGUCUAGCCAUCGCCCAAGGUCAUCUACCCAACCUACCACACUCAGCAACUAGUGCCUUCAGACCUGCAUUUGUACCUCCAGUGCCUUUACAGCAACGUUUGGUAUCGCCAAGAGUCAUUCCAUCCAACCAAGAACAGUACCACCAACAAAGAACAGUGCCUUACGGGAGCAGUGGAAAACAUGCUGUGCAACUGCAACUGCAACAGAAGCAGCUGGAACUGCAUCAGAAGCAGCAGCAGAAGCAGCAACAGCAGCUGGAACUGCAUCAGAAGCAGCAGCAGCAUGUCUUCCAGACCUUGCAAGCGACAAUCCCAGCCAACGGGUUUCAAGAACUGUCCAUGGAUGUGCAUCAAAGAGCAGCUACUAAUCCUGCUGUGCAACCUGCUGCACCUGUCCAGUAUCCUCCUAUAACGCAUCAAUUCAGUGCUGCCCAAGGGACAAGUGACCAUGAGAUUCUUCAUCAGGAACUGCGUAUGCUGCAUGCUGCGCAUUACCAAGAGAAAAAUAGAAAAGAUGAGCUUCUGGACGCCUACAUGACACAACAAAUGGUAGAGGAAAAGAAACAACGAAUACAGACAUUAGAUACACAAAGAAAACUUCUCUCUAACAAUAAUGCAGUUUUUAGAAAGAAGUUCUUUGAAGAAACGCAUACAUAUGUACAGCAAGCACAGCCAAUGUACUUACCAAAACAGGAAGAGUUGUAUCAAGCAAGAAAAGCCAGGGUUCCUCUAGGCUCAGCUGUCCCUCCAACCCAUCCCCAAAUGGCCUCUUAUCCUCAUGCCCACCCUGAGACACAGGUGAGACUUGAUGGACCCAUGCAACAUCGUGUUCCUCAAACCGUUCCUCAAACCCGUCUUGUACAGGCCAUCAAAGAGGGCGUCCCGACAGCUAACAAUUUUGUUGGUAGGCCAGGAAAUUAUCAGAACUUUCAUCUCGACCAGAGAUUUGGUGGGCCUCAACAGUACCAACCCAGAGGUCCGGGAGUUAUGAUGCCACAUCAGCCAGUACAGUACACGCACCAAGAAGUAUUCCAGAGCCAGAGAAGACAAAGGGAUUUUCCUGCACAACUGCAAGCUGCCAACUUAAUACAUUCUGAAGUGCAACACCAACCACAAAAACAGCCAAAUUUUCCCCUGCAGUAUCGCCCAGAGUUUGCUGCACGUAUGAUGCGAGAUAACAUUGCACAAAUGCCUGUAACAUCGCAUGUCGGACAGUUGAAGCAGGAACAGACCAUGGAUAUUAGGGCCUCGAUGCCUGGACAUAUGCACAGUCUUCCAGGGCAAGUUUUGAGGAACAGCAUAUUGGAGAAUGAAAACAAAAUGAACUGUACUGAUAAUGACAGCAAAGAAAGCAGGAGAUUGUCAAAAAUGGCAGUUUCCAUUAGGGAAGAGCAAAUGCAACUCAAGGAAGUACUGGAAAAAUCGCUUCAUAGAGCAGCUGUUCAAAGCGUUCAGAAGGGUGUCACAGAGAACAUAAGAGAUUCAUCAAGCCACAUCAUUGCUGGUUCAUCAUGUGACAAUGAAUCAAUGCCCAGAAUUGUUGAAGUCCGGAGUUUAGCAAAUCAGGAAUCGAAUGGUGCAGUACCAGGAGCACAUUUGAAUGCUUCAAAGGAAGCUGUUCUAGGCAUCUCACCCGGGGAUGUGUUGGGAAGUAAUCUGAAACCUUCCAAACCCAAAUCGGUCAUGAUAAAGGCACACCAAGAGCUCCAGGAAGUACCAUUGAAUGUCAACAGAGUGCCAUCAAUAGGAAGCUUGGACAGUGAUAAUGGUCGUAAAGAUUCAUGGGACAGUGGUAUUGAGUCACCACCUUGGCCUGAAAACAGAGAAGCUUGUGUGAUGAAUAUGAAAAGAGCAGCAUCAUUUCCAUGUGAUGAUAUGGCAUCUCUGAGUAUUCCACACCAAAGUCAGAAGGAGAAAGUGGUAGAAAGGAAACAGUCGGACAACUCCAUAGUAAAUGUAGGAAUGGACUUGUCUGCAAAGGAUCAAACAAACAGAGUAGAUGUGUUGUGCAAUGCAUUACCAGAAGCCUCAAAUAGAAAUAGACAGCUAUCAGGUGAUGAAGGAGAAAAGAGGAGUGUAUCAAGAGGGCCUGUAAGGUUGAUGAAUCGAAAGAGGAGCUUGCCUGUGGAUGAUGUUUGUCCUGUAGAACCCAAAAUGUUGCACUGUGAUCCUCAAGCUCUCGAUUACUCCAAGGAGUCCAGGCUAAGCAAAGUGUAUGUCCCUGAAGAGAACAUACUUUCUAAGGUAGGAAACUCUGUGAAAGGUCAACCUGCUACAACCAUUGUUGUUGUAGAUGAAAGUCCUUUGGACUUGUCCUUGAAAAAAGACCAACAGGAAACUUCCAUCGAGAUCGAGGAAAUGGAAGAAGUACAACUAGAUGAGAAUGAAGUCACAAUAGAAAAGAAACCCAAUGUAGAUGAAAUUGAGGAAGAUGAAGAAGAAAUUGACAGUAAAAUGAAGAGGGAAGAAACAUGUGAUGGAGAAAAAAAGAAGGGAACUUAUGAAGCAGCCAAUGAUGCCGAUGAAAUGGUCAUUCCGAGUCCUGAAAAUCAAAUGCAAGGGUACUUCGGUACCAUAAUGAUGCGAGCUCUGAAACGAUUAUGGUCUGAAUCAAAGACAAAAUUAGAGGGAGAGGAUGCAGCAAAAGCCAAGCCAGAGGGUGUUGAAAGUAGUGAUGAAGAUUCAGGGAAGUACUUCCAGCCAUCCUCUGUUACAACAUUGGAAAAUGUACCAAGAGUGGAUAGCCCGGUUGGAUUACCACUUUCCUUGGAGCACGAGUCAGUUAAGAAUAUGCUUUCUAGCAGCAGUUCGUCCCAUUCAUUAGAGACUGCUCUGUGUGAACUUAUGCAGCAAUCAUCAGAUGCUUUCAAACAUGGAGGAGAUAUCUUCAAGCACUUUGAUAAGAUAAUUAAACGAGAGCUGAUGAUAGAAAUUGGAAAGCGACCCCUGAAGUGCAAUGAUGAAUCUACCACUACAGAAAGCAAACAGGAAGAGAAUCCAUCAGUUAGUGGAUCACCUGAUCUCAUUGAGGUAGAGCCAGAUGAGCAAACAAGUGAAGCUGUACCUCUUGAGAGUUUAAGUCCAGUGAAUAUGCUGUCUGAAGAUGAAGAAAUAGAUGAUGAAAUAGAUGAUUCACAGAAGCUUGUUAUUGUGGAAAGCUGUUUGUCCCCAAAGCCUUCACCAGAUUCUCGAGAAACUGAACAUGAGAUGGAACAAGAAACAGUCCCUGUCCCAAUGUCAUGUGCACCACAGACAUCUAUCGCUGCAGACUCUCCUGUUCGCAAAUCCUUCAGGUCGUCUCGGCAGACGUAUGAGAAAGCAGCAAGGGAUGCAGCCCAGAAAGCAGCACAUGAAGCAGCCAGACUAGCUGCACAAAAGGGAGCUCAAAUGGCAGCUCAGAAGGCAUUAAAAACGAAAGAGAGUGGUAUUUCACAAGCACAAGGUGGACAAAAAUGUGUUGGGGAUGUCUCUGAUGGGAUGAUAAUUUCUUCAGAAGCAAGCUUGCCCCCAAAGCUAUCCCCUGUACCCUCCUCUGGUCAACCAAAUCUAAAAGCUAGCAUGUAUACUGGUGCUCAAGGAGGUCCAAGGAUAAAUUUUCAUCAACUCCAAAACAACAGAAGAGCUGUAACAGCGUUUGUCAAACAACCACAAGCACAACGUGCGCAAAGGCCACAGUUUAUGGGUAAAGACAUUCCAAACUUGGUUGAUGUGGGAGAGGGUGCAAGAGAUGGGCAGUCACAUGCCUGUGUUGAAAGACGAUACAGUGAGCCUGCCACCUUCAACCUUAACAGUACCGACUCAUCACCAAAAGACAAAUUACAAAGGAUGAUGAGUGAUGGUUCUUUGAGUAUAACCCCUGUAAAGAACGAUCAGACUAUUGCUUCAUCUAGUAAACGGCCUACAGCACGAAAUACCUACCAUGCUAAUCCUCAAACGAUUUGGCAAGCCCAAGCACAGGAAAAUAAUGAUAACAAGGUCAAACUGGUGAAAGUGACAUAUGACAAAACUAUUCCAGAUCAAGUAUCACCAACUAUCUCUGGUGUUCCAGAUGCACAAGAUAUUCAGAAGCAUCUUCAAAAAUCCCCUAUUGUUCUUCUUCCUAAACUGGUGUUUGUCCCAGGACAGACCUUUCAACAGUUGACACCUGUCAGUGGGCCACAAGCUCUCCAACCAGGGAACAUACUUCUUCUUCACAAGGACAAGAGACGAAGCGUAAGCAUUACUACUGCACCAGUACUACCAACAGUUGCGGUUCAGGGUCCUUCAAAUAAUGCUGCUCCUUUGAGAAGCAGUAACUCCCCUUUGCUGAAACAUGCACCAGAAACAGCUCAGUCUCCGGACUUUAUAGACACUAUCAGUGGUCCCUUUCGCAUAAUACGAAAGACACCAGUAGAGCAUUCUUCUACUAAAAAGCCUUUCAUCAGUGCUUUCAUCAUUGUUUACAAGAAUAUCAGCCUGCCAGGUGUUCUGCGGUCGGCAGUGCCUUUUGUUCCACCUCGGCUGUUGCAGAACGGGAUGUUCCCAGAAGAGACCUUUGAAAACUUUUGCCAUGCUCUGCAGGACUGCAACAUCAUGCAGCGUUACAUGACUGUACUAGAGAGGUCAGCUCUCUUGAAUGAUCUCAAGCACAACAAGAUAUCAAGCUGCAAAUUGGUAUCUUUGGGGGAGUUCCAUCAGAAGUAUGACAAGAUCAAAGAGCUCAUGCAGAUCAACAAGAUGACCUGAGAUUCUAUUGUACUCCGGUGUACACCUUCAGCCUGCUCCUGGAGAUCAAAUUCGUGAAUGAGUCGCGUGUUUUCAAUCUCAAAGUGCUCAUACUGACAAGAUGACUUGAUACUAGCAUUGGACAACAGCAGAAGUCUCAUGCGGAUCAACAAGAGGAACUGGGUUCCCUUCAUGCUGUGCUGUUCAUCGUUAAAGUACUUUGGAAGAUCAACGACUAAAACUUCAAAGAUAGCGUCUUGAACGCCGAGGAAGUACUCAUGAAGAUCAACAAAGUGAAUUGAUAAGAGUUGUCAAGAUGCUGAACAACAUGAUAUGACCUUGCUGAUGAACAAAAUGAACUGAAAUGGAUAGAGAGGUUGGUGGGCAUAUCAAAGAUUCUCAAGCAAUUCAACUCGGUGAAUUGAUGAGUCAGCAAUAUGCUGAAUUGAACAACCAUUAAGGACUGAAGCUGAUGAACAAAAUGGAACUGAAAUACCUAGAUAUAUAUGUUGAUCUGAAGGAGUACGGAUCAACAUAGUGACUUGAUAGAGUCAACAAGAUGCUGAAUUGAACAACAGUGAAGGACUCAUGCUGGUUAAUAAUACAAUCUGAAAUAGAUUACUUGUGGAACAACUCUAAAUUGCUGACCAAUGAGAUGAAAUAGAUCACAUAGAUAAUAUACAUGUAUCAUCGUCACAAUAAGAUGUAUAAGAUGGUUUCUGGUGAUGUGGGUAAUUACUAAUUAUGGUGACUUUGGUAUACAAGAAUUAACCUGAUAAAUGUGUGCUAUGUAGGUGACUGCUGUGAUUCUUGCUUUCCUAACAUAAAAUGUGCAUCUGCUGUUGUUUUUAUCAUGUUUGUUAUUGUUUUUGUUUAUGUUUCUCAUUUGAUUACUCUAACAAUGUUUUCAUAGAAAUAAUGAAACCCAUUGCUUUUUUUGGUGACAAAUUACUUACAAACAUUUCUUGAAGAAGGUGAAUCAGAUUCUUUGAGUAUAAGGAAAGAAAUCAGAAAAUAUUUCACAACCAAUUCAUAUUCACAUAAGAAUUGCACUCUCAAGUUAGGUUCUCACUCUAAAUGUUGCUCUGUUGGUGAAUUCAUUUUAUUCCUACCCUUCUAGAUAUUCUGAGGUUUCCUUUGGGCUUUGAAUGGUUUUUGGUACAAAGUUGGGUAAACAAUUGCAUUCUUGUAGAUACAUGUUUCAUUUUAACAAUUGGUUAAAAAACAGGUGUUCGUUUGGGUAAGAUUUUCUUGUUGUUGUCUUAUGUAUCGUAAAUGUCUUUUGUGAUGGGUUAAUGUUUGAAGUAGAGAUAGGAUUUUCUGUCAAGUAUAUUUUCCUUGAGUACCCUUUCUUUCUUUUUCUUUCCUGAAAUGAAGAUAGCGGUUGAACGAUCACUAGGCUGUUUUUGUUAUGUAUGAACACAUUGGGCAUUACUUGUUUUUUCUUGCAUCACCUUGUAUCCUUAUAACAUGUACUAUUAUUCUGAAAUGUACUCAAAAUGGUACUACAUGUAUGUAUCAAAUUGGCCUGAUGUAAUCUUUAACGAGUUGACCCGAAACAUGAUGGAGCUUAGUGAUAUCACUGAAUUUAGAAAGUGUAAUUUGAUAUUAUCGAAUGACAUUUUUUUUUUAAAUGAAGCCUUAUCAAAGUGGCAGAGGUAUUUAUGAUCUUCUUGUCAUUGUAAAAUACAUAAGUUCUACCUCUGUUUUCAAAAUACAUAUAUAUAACUUUUCACCAGUUAUGCAUUUUCCCUUUCUGCAUGGUCGUGCUUCAUACACCACCAAAUUUUUGCUUCAAAGCAUCAUUGAACAUCUCUUCAUUUUGAAUAGCGUACUGGUUGUUAUUUUUGAAUGCCAUUACAAGACGUGCGUGACUGUAGAUUCUUAUUGGAAUCUCAUUUCAUUGAUAAAGUGCUUGUUGAUCACCUAUGGGUAAUUUACGGCUUUCAAAGGGGUAAGAAAUGGGCAAGGUCUAUUAACAGUUGCAUUGUAGGAGGUAAUGGCAGGUACCUAUAUUCAUAUUAGCAGCACUGAACAUGAAUGCAAAUCAUGCGGACUUAACAAAUGGCUUUUAGUAUAAUAGAUCUUUGUAGCAAGCCUGUAGCCCUCUAUCUGUAUCAUUCGGUUUUCUUCUCUGGGAAUCUUUAGUGUGUUGUCUUCAUACUCUGACAUUCCAAGCGAAAUUUCUAAGGAUACAUGUAUUUCAAGAGCUUUUGUGUAUAUUUUGGCAAAGUUUAAGAUUUUUCUCUUUUCUUUUGUACCAUGUACGAUAUUAUAAAGAUGUACUAGUGUUUUGAGCUAUCACAGUUUGUUAUGAUAUGAUGAGAAGUUUUGGAAUCCUGUAUUUCAGCUUUUACUAUAUGAGUGAUGGCAUUUAAUUGUUGCACCUUUUCUCCUCUCCUAUGUAACGCCUGUUCAGAGCAAAAAGGAUGAUGAAUCUUUGUUUGUAUAUGAAUUAAUGCCCUUUUGGCCCUUCGCAGACAAUAAGUAUGUAAGAAUGUACAUUAGCAAAUGCUGGUAAUUUGGCCUUUCACAAAUGUUUAUAGUGUAUAAAUUUCACCUGAUAUGUACCUAUUUUCUUUUGUUUGGUGCCAUGUGGUCUAAAAUCAUAUUAUGUUCUACAAGUGCCUUUCUCUUAAUUAACUGUACAGAUAAUGAGUAGGAUUUGGAAAAAAAUUGAUGAUAUUUUGCAUUUGUCUUUUGAAAUAGAUGCUGAAUUUGAUGUAAUUAUUCACAGUGGGGAAUGCUGUUGAUGGUUAUAACAAAUUUUCCAUAAAAUCAAGUGGAAACAGAUGUGAGAACAAAUUAAUAUUUAUGUCAGUCAUAGAUAACUUGUUAUGAUUAUCAAACAAAUUUUGUUGAUGCCCCCAGUUGCCUUGAACUAUUUUGCGUACAUGUUUGAAAUUUGAAGAAACCAUCUGUUUGGUUUCUAACCACACCCCGAUGGCUGCCUCCGGAACAAUCAGUUGAAGAUCCAUUGAUUUCCAUAGCAAUUUUUUUCGCAAGGACGCAAUUAUGUUUUCUAAACCAAUUGUUGAGGUACUGUUGAAUGAAACGUGGAAGCUAGUCUGUACCAGUAAUGUGAUUGAUUCUUUUUAAGUGGAAGCUCUCGUACGUGUAGAUCGAAGUUGUUGAUGCAUUUUCAAGGUUGUCCUCACUAUGCAAAUGCUCUGAAAUUGGUUAUUCUCUUUUUUCAUUUUCAGUACAUGCAUUUUUAUAAAAAAGAUUGGCUAAUUCUGUCAUACUUUAACAAAAAAGCUUCAGAUCAUCUUCUCAGGCAUGCAGUCGUUUUCAGGGCGAACCAAAACAAAUUAUGAUUGGAUUUAAUUUGGGAAGAGUUGAAAUAUUCAUUGUUUUUCAAUGAUCAUUGCUUUUAUUCCCUAAAAUUUAUCUUUGCGGACAUAAUGCAACAUAAUCCUUUUUUUUGUUUUGUUGAUAAUUCUGCAUAUAAGCUUCUUCAUAGCCAUAAGUAGAUUUCAACAAUCCAAACCUAAUGAAAUCUAAGCUAUUUAUUAAGGCAUUGCCUUGGUAACAAGCCACUUUUGUGACGUCAAUAGUGACGAAAGUGUUCACCUAGGCUGCAAUCGCAUGAAAAUAAUGAUACCUAGAGAGGAGAAUGGCAUGUCUAGCCGAGAGGAGUUCUGUUAAUGAAUGCAUCUCUGUCUGAUGAUAAUACCAUUAUCAAUGCACCAUUGAACAGAGGGUUGUACAGAGAAGAGUGAAGCAAUACAAUUAGCUUGACCUGACUAUAGCAGACAGAGUGUGUAUUAAAUGAUCAUUAGGAACUCUGUACCGGUAUGUGUUAUUAAGUUUACAUCAAUGCUUAUAGCUUGAGUCGCACAAUCGAAUAAGAAACGUACUCUAGCAAAAAGAAUUUAUAAAGAAGAAAACAAUAUUUACGAUUUAUUAUGCGCUACACAAAUAUACUCUAUUAUUAUUAUUAUUAAUAUUUGUACAAGGGUUAUUACUUGUGAGUUAGACUUCUAUUAGUCAUAUCAAAUCGGAAGCAGAAUGAAAUGAAAUGUAAAAUCAUUAGUUUAGAAAGGUCUCUGUGACAAGAAAUGAAGUAGGGCUUCAAAUCAUCGGGUCAUCGCGUUGGGCCGCGUUACCCAACCCAGCAUGAAAACAUGCCCCUUUAUUCAUGAAAUAUCUUGUGUAUAAUGUUUGUGAAAUAAAUCCCUCUCAUCUACAAAUGGUCUGGUCCAACUUUACCCAACACUUUGUAAGGUCGCAUGAUCUUCUUUUCACAAAAGGUCGUUUAACCCGACCACCCAACCAGAAGCGAUGACCCAAUCGAAGUAAGGUAUUUUUUUUAUCGUGGGAAAGCUAGGGCAUUAAAUUUGUAUGCUUCUUUUGUACACAAUCUUUUGUACACAAUCUUUUGUAAACAAUCUUUUGUAAAACAUGGCAUACAAGCAUUUGAAUAGUAAGCAUCAUUUACACUUUGUAUGAUCUUGAAAUAAGCAAUACAUCUUGGUACAAUUAGAGUCAAGAUGUACUGUCUUCUGUAUUUGAAGGUGUCAUAUUUUCUACCAUAAAAAAGUGAAUUUUUAAACUGACGAAAAUAAUUUGUUGCUACAUGCUGAUUUGUUCAAUAAUAGAUAUCUCACAGGUAAGAUUGCUCAAGAACUUACAAUUUUACAGAUAAGAUUGUAUAAAAUGUUUUAAGCUUUAAAAAGAGAAAGAAAAGUGGGUCUUUCAUACACCAUGAAAGACGAUUUUUUUUUACAAAAUCCAUGACAUUGAUGAAAUACUGUGUAUUAACUAUAAGCAAUUAAUUUUAUCUUUUGUAGUUACAUGUACAAUUUCCUUACAAGUUUUAGUAUCAACUUCUUGCAAUUAGAUUUGCCUUUCUCUUAAAUUAUUUGAGUGGAAAGGGCUUUAAUUUUAAUAGAGAUUUGCUGAAAUGAUAGUAAAGGCAAUUAAUUACAUACAUUUGUCACUUUCUGUUUUCAAAGAAUUUGUUUAGCUUUUACAUUUGUUAACACUAAUUAUAUUGUCAAGAUAUAAUAACUAUAUUUUGUUGUUGAAUUACACUCUUUGUUGAAACCUCCCUGCAUCUUAACGUUUUUUUUGAUGAAAAUAUUCUCAACUCUCUCAGCUUGGCUGUAUUUGUAUGUUUGGAAUAUGAUUCAAGAUGACUGUACAUCUGUAGACUUUUCAGACUGUUAAUGUCAUACAUGAAAUCGGUGAUUGUUUAUAGUGUAGAAGUCAGUGGCAUAGCUACUUGCGACACAUACCCCUCUGCCCCCCCCCCCCAUGGUCCCUCGCUAUGCCACUUGUAGUAGUGUAAUGUAAUAAAUGAUAUACACUGUAUUAACAUGUUAUAUCUGGCUGUGAAUAGAAUAAUGAAAUGUAUAUUAUAGAUAUAUAUAUCUUUUAGCUUGAUAAGAUGGUCAUAUAUGCUGUAAGAAAAUAUUUGUAAAAAAGUCGAAAUAGUACUGGGUUAUGAAAAUGGUUGUAUGGUAACUGCGUAAGACGUUUGAUAACAGAUUUUAUAUAUCAGAAUUCAUGUUAUACACUAGAGAUAUAAUGAAAUAAAAAUAUACAUUACUUUAUACACAAUGAAUUAUUAUAUCAACUAUCUUUCAUGUCUUUAUGAAAGUGCAAUAACUUUGAUGGUAUAACAUUCAAGGUGCUAAUCCCAGCCGGUUGCCUUAUUACAUAAUAAUGACAUGAUGAUGACAUGAUGAUGACAUGAUGAUGACAUGAUGAUGACAUGAUGAUGACAUGAUGAUGACAUGAUGAUGACAUGAUGAUGACAUGAUGAUGACAUGAUGAUGACAUGAUGAUGACAUGAGUUGUUGUCACCUGUAUAGGAGUGUGAACACAAGAUAGAACAAACAUUAAGUUGCCAUUUCAUAGUUUCUAUAAAUGUUUCUAUAAAUAGGUAAAUGUUUUUUAAAUGGAUUCAUAUUAUGACAAAUUCAAGGACACGAACAAAGAAGAUCAAAUCUGUUUGUGCGAACGAAUUUCAAGUACAGUACAAGUUUUUAAGAAACAUCAUUUUCACAGGUUUCAUCAUUGUAUAGAAUGUCUUUCAAUAUGUCAGGUAUACUAACAGUGUGAAAAUGGAAAGGCACUUAAAAAAAUUUUGUCGGUAUGGUCGUCUUCAGAUAAAAAGAAGGAUUUUAACUUCUACAGUUAUGCCCUUCUUUUUCUCUUUGGAUGAAUAUGUGAAUGAUGUAUGUAAUAAGCUGCCAAGCAGGGUACUGUCUUGUGAAACUAUUUGAAGUACAAGUUUUUCGAAAUGCCUACAAAACGCAUGCAAUAAAUAGACUUGUUUUUCAAAAGGAUUUUAGUGAACUUAGAUGUAUGGCGGUUUUGUAAGAUAAUGCCUGGCUGCCCUAAUGAAGUCAUUAUAGAGCUGUCUGAAAAAGAUAGAUAGAUAGAUAGUACGGUACUGAGCCGUAAUUUCGUUAUGAUUAAGUUUCAUUUUUUUGUAGAGAUUUAUGCAGAAUAGCAGUAAGAUUGUUAGGUCUAGUCUUGUGUAGAAGUACUUUUAUCGAAACAAGAUUCAAGCAGAUUAUAAAAUAAUCUUUCAAUUUGAAAGGAAAGCUGAUUGGAAAGCUUCAAAGAGAAGAUGAAAUUUGUUUCAUAUUGCUCUUGACGAUCACCAUUUAUGGUGUACUCUCUUCGAUGAAAUGUUAAGAGUGAACAAAGUUCAUUACAUCUGUGGUAUCUAUUGUAAAUGGUUGCAAUUAAUGCAGUGAAUGUUCAAACAUUUGCUAGCUCUUCAUGUAUAUACACACAAGAAAUGCCUUUAUGAUGUACAGAUGUUAUAAGUACUCAAUUUUUUUCUGAAAUAUUUUAUUUAUGUGAUGUGCAGGAGGAAUUUAUAUUUUUCGCUGUUUUGACCAUUUCAUUUGUAAUUUGUAACACAAAAUAUAUUACCUUGUUCCAUGUAUCAAUCGA